CGCCCAAAAGGGGUAGCAAGUCAUUUUAACGUACUCGCGAAGAGUUACGUUGCUGGACGUUAAACAAUUUGAGACAUAAAUAAAAAUAUUUCAGCUAAAAUCGGUUGUGUUCGUGUAAGAUUUUGAACCAUUUAUAGUAAGUAUUCUGUAGAUAGUCGGGACAAUAUGAAACUAAAAUUAGAGCAGUAUGACAUUAUCAAAUUAAUUCAAUAUAUCACUAGUCCAUUUGUUGUUUACAAAUUCAUAUUAACACCAAGAUGAAAUAUAAUCUCUUCAUCUGUGUUGUCAUCCAUCUAAAACUGUAUAGAUUUUUCAUGUCUAUAUGAAGCAUAAAAUUGAAUUAUGAAACCAGUGACAGCUCUUCUUGUAAUAUUCAUCACUGUACUAGUUGUAGAAAAUACAGACGCUGGUUGGUGGGGGAAGGCAUGGACUUGGACAAAAAAGGCUGUUCGUCAUCCAAUUACAAAAGCUGUGGUUGGAAUAGGGGCGAAGGCUGCAAGUUUAUUAUGGGACAAUAUUCACCUCUUGAGAGACAUGGAUGACUUUGAAUUUGAACAAAUUCUUCAAGACGUGAAACAAAGCUUGGAAGCAGAUUUCGGAAAAAUAAAGACCAAACCAUUUCUAGAUAUGGUUGUCAGUGCACGAAAUCUCAGUGACGAUGAAUUCUUUUCGCUGACUGUGAAUGACUACAGAAUGGUGUCGAAUGGCAUGAGAAAAGAAGACGUGGAGAUGAUGGAUUCUUUCAACCAAAUGCUUGAAAAAUUGCUUUAACUCAUAUUAUAAUACAUUAAACGAUGAUUUAGAAAAAAAGAACUCUUAUACUCGGUAGCAGACAACUCUCUAUUACUGUAUUACUGGAUGUGAUCUUUUUACAUAAAAAAUACUUCUGUACUUUUUCUUUUUCAAGUCUUCCGACUGGAUAACAUAUUGCAUUUAUGAUUUCUCAAUACCUCUCUAACGGACAUCUUUCUUAGAUCAUUAAGAAUUCUAAAGAAAUAUCAAACGUAAUUAUAGCAUUAAUUAGUUGAAUUAUUAAUAAAAUUUACAACAAAAUUGUGUGGGUAAUUCUGAAAAUAAAACUUAAUUUUUA